CACGUCGCCUGUGCGUCUUGACGUCUGUGGACUUUGUCCUCUCCCACGCCGUGAAUCCUGCAGCUGGAAGAGCGUCCAAACUGGUCUAAAUAACGUCACUUGACAAGAUCCGAGAUGAAGGAAGUGUCCUCAAACAAAUGUGCCGGGGGGUUCCAGAAGGUCUUUGAGCACGAGAGCUCCGAGCUCAGGUGUAAGAUGAGGUUUGCCGUGUUCCUUCCUCCAAAGGCGGAAACAGAGAAGUGCCCCGUGCUCUACUGGCUCUCAGGACUGACCUGCACAGAGCUGAACUUCAUCACUAAAGCUGGAUCUCAGCUCGGAGCGGCCGAACACGGACUCAUCCUCGUGGCUCCAGACACCAGCCCCCGAGGGUGUAACAUCGAGGGGGAGGACAAGAGCUGGGACUUUGGGACCGGAGCAGGUUUUUACGUCGAUGCCACUGAGGAGCCGUGGAAGACCAACUACCGCAUGUACUCUUACAUCACCGAGGAGCUGCCGAAGCUAAUCAACGCUAACUUCCCCACGGACCCUGAGCGCAUGUCCGUGUUCGGGCACUCGAUGGGGGGGCACGGGGCGCUCAUCUGUGCCCUGAAGAACCCGGGAAAAUACAAGUCCGUGUCUGCGUUCGCGCCCAUCUGUAACCCCAUGCAGUGUCCGUGGGGUCAGAAGGCCUUCUCUGGAUACCUGGGCCCCGAGCGCUCCACCUGGGAGGCGUACGAUGCGACGGUGUUGGCGUCCUCGUACAGCGGUCCUCAGUUGGACGUUCUGAUCGAUCAGGGCAAAGACGAUGAGUUUUUGUCGGCGUCUCAGCUGCUUCCUGAUAAUCUCAUCACCGUCUGCUCCGAGAAGAAGAUCCCUGUGGUCUUCAGACUUCAGCCGGGCUACGACCACAGCUACUUCUUCAUCUACUCCUUUAUGAACGACCACAUCAAGCACCACGCCAAGUUCCUCAACGCCUGAGCUCACAACGCCACGUCUGGACCGGGGUCUGGACCGGGGUCUGGACCGGGGUCUGGACCGGGGUCUGGACCGGGGUCUGGACCGGGGUCUGGACCGGGGUCUGGACCGGGGUCUUCCUGUGACUCCAGAGUUCAAGUGCGUAGGACGGUUUGUGAAGAAAAGUUGAUAAAAACUCAAUUAUUUCUACGUUUGUCACCAAAAUUCCACUGAAACGAAGGUUCAGACUCUGGAAAAUGCGUCGCUUUGCAUAAAAUGUUAUUUUCACUAC